GCAAUGCAGGGUUUCACACUGGUGAGAAAGACAAAAGCUGGAAAGAGUUCCAUACUGGUGAAAUAUCAGGGAACCUGCAUAGUCUACACCCUGGAGAUAAAGCUAUAGAGGAUUCUCAUACUGGAAGUUGUCACCCGCAAGACUAUAUGAUCCAAACUGGAAAAAGCUCGGUUUAUGCCAUGGAAUAUGAUACUGAAAGCGCAGGAUUUACUAGAAAAAAGAGGGAACAGGAUAAUGAUGGUUCCAUAGCCAUUCCUCUAAAAAAUUUAAAAUUGUAUAAUAAUCUAACUGAGGUGCCUGAGUCUAGUGUUGUAUUAGAGGAUUACCCAUGUAAUCACUGCAAAAGGAUAUUUCCAACUCUCGCCUGUAUGGAGUAUCACACCCAGGUUGUCCACAAGUUCUUCUGUGACGUUUGCAAUGCUAGAAUCGAAGGCGAAGAGAAUGUUGAAUCUCAUGGGCUUAAACACAAAAAUAGCAAAUUGUUUCAGUGUCCGUUGUGUUACAAAAUGUUCAACUCAAGCAAGGGACUUCGGCACCAUAAUAGCAAACUGCUUCAGUGUAAAGUCUGCAAUAGACGUAUCAAGAAAGGAGAUCGUACUCGUCACAUGAGGAUACAUUUGAAGCCGACUAUUUGAAAGAGAAUUAUUUUUGAAAAUAAGAAUAUUCUUUUACUUCAGAGUAAAAUGUUUUAUUUUCGACGUUUCGCUAAUCAUCCAACUAGCUU